AUUAAUCAACCAGCAACGUAUCACCUAUAGCACUUUAUCAGAUUAAAUUCAACCUGCAAUUAUGAAUGGUAAUGUAGAAUGUGCUUUAGGUUCACUGCCGACAAUUCAUGUUCCGAAGACAAAGUACGCAAUUGCUUUUGGUUAUAUUGGCACUAAUUACCAUGGUUUCCAAAUUCAACGUGAUGCUGGAGAUGAUGGUAUCGAUACCGUGGAGGCACGUGUUAUUAAUGCUUUGGUAACUACUGACGCAAUACACGGGUCACAUAAAAAUAAUUUGGGCAAAUUACAAUUAUCUAAAGCUUCGCGUACAGAUAAAGGGGUUCAUGCAGCUUGUACUUAUAUAGGAGGUCGUUUUGAACUAUCGCAUCUCUCGGCUGGAGAACCUGGAAUUUCGAAGGAACAAUGUCUAGUUUCAAGGCUCAACACUGUUCUCCCAGAUGACAUUCGUUGUUUUCAAGUUUUACGUGUGACCCGCGGUUUUUGUGCACGUUCAAUGUGUUCCAAACGGAUGUAUGAAUAUGUUAUACCACUUUCACUGCUUCGUUAUCGUUAUGUUUGUGGUGAAGAUGAUAACAAACGGACGUUUGAAAAAACGUCUAAUUUAAUGAAUCUCCAUAUGAAUUCAAGGCAAAAUAUCCAUUGCAAACGAUUGUCAUCUGUUGCCUUACAUGAAGGCACGACUGAAGAGCGCGAUGUUGACAUGGUUUUAUUACAGUCAAUUCUGAGUGACUACUGUGGUUCACAUGAUUUCAAGAAUUUUACUCAGAGGCAGAAAGUGGAAGAAAAAACAACUCAACGCUUCAUCCACGAAAUCAAGGUGGAAGGAUCUGAAUCCAUAGGGAUCAAUGCAGUGCGAGUGAUAAUUACAGGGCAGUCAUUCCUUUACAAUCAAAUACGUAAAAUGAUUGGCUUGGGAUAUGCUGUCUACUUGGGUGUAGCGCCACGAUGUGCGAUCAAAUUUGCGCUAUCUAAAUGGCACGCUGUCAACACACCUUUAGCUCCAGCUGAGGGGCUUUUCCUACACCAUCCAUAUUUCGAUGCCUACAAUCGACGUUGUUCACCUCCACAGACUCCGUUUAUCGAAUAUGACGAUAUAGAAUCUUCUGUGGAGAAUUUUAAGCGUACUCGAAUAUAUCCCGAGAUAGCAUCUACAUUCGAAACUGAUGUAUGGAAAACGUGGAUGGAAAAACUAUUGCGAAACCCGUUUUAUUUAGAGAAUGCUGACUUCCACAUUUCCGAUGAGAGUUCUAAUGGUCAGAAGACCGCCCCUACACAACCCACAUAAUCGCUCUAUAAUCUG